UCCUCUAGCCUUGUAACUCCUCUCUCUCUCUCUCUCUCUCUUCUCGCCCGUUCUAUUCAUAUCCCGUUCCCGUUUGUCUAGAAAACCAGAACCUCCGGCGCCGCUGGUUCCGCUAUCGAGGGAUUAAACUAGAUUUUUGAACGAGUCCGCGCGUUUCGAUUGGGUCGGGGGCCCCGCUUGCCCGUGUCCUUCGCCCUCCGUGUGUUUUAAGAAGGGAUCCAUUCGGGUGGGCGAGGGGAGAGAGCAUUGGAGCAUUUGGGGAGAGGAUUUUUCUUCGGAGAAGGGAGAGAAAGAGAAAGAUGGUGUCUUUGGUGUCGCGGCAGGGUAGGCAAUUGCAGCGGUACAGCAGCAGCGGGUGCCGGCUUGUUGUCGGAUGCAUUCCUUACAAAUUCAACAUGGACAUGCCAUGCAGUGAUGAUCUCGAUAAAGCAGUGGAGGUCCUUGUCAUAAGUUCUCAGAAAGGAUAUGGGAUGAUGUUCCCAAAGGGAGGUUGGGAAACUGAUGAAACAAUCAAACAAGCGGCCUCAAGGGAGGCAAUGGAGGAAGCUGGUGUCCAGGGAAAUAUUGAGCGUAAACUUGGUAGAUGGAAAUACAAGAGCAAAACAUAUGAUGCAUUUUAUGAGGGUAUCAUGUUCCCUUUGAAUGUGACAGAGGUUCUAGUAGACUGGCCUGAGAUGGAUGUGCGGGCACGGAGAUGGGUGACGGUAGCUGAAGCAAGAGAGGGAUGCGAGCACUUGUGGAUGAAAGAAGCGUUGGAGAUAUUGAUAACACGGCUCUCAAAUAUGAGCGGAAAUAGAAUAAUUUCAGCAGUAUAGUGUAUCUGUUUCAGCAACAAUAACAAGAUCUCCCAUUUUGCUUGUAUAUAGUUCAAGUUUUUUUGCCCUUUUACCGUAAGGAUUCUUUUUUUUCUUUUUCUUUUUGGUAACAAUUGGCAAAUAGAGAACUUCUUUUCAGUUAACUCCAAGUUUCCGACUGUUCAUAUCCUCUCUCUGUUACAGUAUAGAAGGAAGGGCAUCAAAGGAGACUAUAACUUAUAUAAGAAAGGAUCAUCUUUUUCAUGUGGGGCAUUUUUUAGAUCGAAAUUUAGAGAGGAAAAACCAUGAGUUCCAUGAGUUAAAGUGAAUAAUACCUCAUGCAUCGAGUUAUAAGUUCCUGACCACAGCAAUGGCCCCUGCAACUGUGGGGUUUCUUCCAUUCAUACACUAGUCUGUAAUCUUUUUCAUGUGAAGUGUCUUUUGGAUCGAAAUCUACGGAGACAACUAUAAAGCUUAUCGAUCAAAA